AUGCAAUCAUCAUUAUAUCAUUCGAAUCAAAGUAAUGUUACAAAUACACACACAACAACCACUACAUCAUCAUCAAGUUUACGUUCAAGAUUUUUAUCAUCCGAUUAUUGGUCACCAUUAAAAAAUUGGCCAUUAAUAAUGCAACGUACAUCCUUUAAAAUUAAUGAUGAUCAUAUUUUAAAUUUAGCAAUAAAAGCUCGAUUAGAAAAUCGUGAAUGUGGGUAUUUGUAUCGUCGUUGUGGUAGUAAUCAAGAUAGUAGUUCAUCGAGUAGUGCCAAAUGGCAAUUAAAAUGGUUUAUAUUAUAUCAAAAUUUAUUAUUCUAUUAUGAAAAUGUAAAUGCAACAAAACCACAAGGUCUUUAUCUAUUGGAAACUUGUUAUUCGGCACGUGUUGCACCUAAAAAUAAUAAAGAUGGAGAAAAAUUGAACUGCUUUUCUAUAUCAUACACUCGUGAUGGUCGUAAUUCAAUUGAACUUGCUGCUGAAUCCGAUAUGGAACGUCAAGCGUGGAUCGAUGCUAUUCAAACUUGCAGCUAUAAUCGACAUGUGAGUUUAAAAGAUGAAAUUGAAACGAAAUAUUUACAUUUAUCACAAGUAUAUGAAACAGAGACAAAGUCAAAAUAUCAAUAUAUGCAACAAGUCGAAGAAUUAUCCGGUGAAGUUAGAGAAUUAAGAAAAGAAUUAUCACGUUAUCGUCGUCAACAUCAUUUACUACGACAUCGUAGUAUUGCUGAAGAAGAUAGCGAAGAAAUACGAAAAAUUAAAAAAGUUCAAAGUUUAUGUCGUGGAUGGUUGUAG